GCCACCGUCUCCCAGCGCGUAUCCAGUGGUCCCCAUGGCACCCCCGCCCAGCCCCUAUCCAGCCAUACCCAACGCGCCCGCCCCACCGGCCCCACAGACUUACCCACCCUCACCAGAGCCCCCAUCGCCCCAGCCACCGUCACCGUCGCCGCCCAGCCCCACGCCGCCGUCGCCUGAGCCACCCAGCCCUGCACCUCCAAGCCCAGAGCCGCCGUCUCCCGAGCCGCCAUCGCCCGAACCACCAAGCCCUGAGCCACCAUCGCCGUACCCACCAUCGCCUGCACCUCCGUCGCCGGAGCCACCAAGCCCCGCGCCGCCGUACCCUGCGCCGCCGUCGCCCGUGCCGCCCAGCCCCGCGCCGCCGUCGCCCGCGCCGCCAUCGCCGUACCCACCAUCGCCUGCGCCGCCGUCACCGGAGCCACCAAGCCCCGCGCCGCCGUACCCUGCACCGCCGUCGCCCGCGCCACCCAGCCCCGCGCCGACGUCGCCCGCGCCGCCAUCGCCGUACCCACCAUCGCCUGCGCCUCCGUCGCCGCGGCCACCAAGCCCCGCCUACCCGCCUCCCACCUACCCACCCAGCCCUGAGCCGCCGUCGCCGCAGCCACCAAGCCCCGCCUACCCACCUCCCGCCUACCCGCCCAGCCCCGAGCCGCCGUCGCCGCAGCCACCAAGCCCCGCCUACCCGCCUCCCACCUACCCGCCCAGCCCUGAGCCGCCGUCGCCGGGGCCACCAAGCCCCACCUACCCGCCUCCCGCCUACCCGCCCAGCCCCGAGCCGCCGUCGCCGCAGCCACCAAGCCCCACCUACCCGCCUCCAGCAUACCCGCCCAGCCCUGAGCCGCCGUCGCCGCAGCCACCAAGCCCCACCUACCCACCUCCCGCCUACCCGCCCAGCCCUGAGCCGCCGUCGCCGGGGCCACCAAGCCCCGCCUACCCGCCUCCCGCCUACCCGCCCAGCCCUGAGCCGCCGUCGCCGCAGCCGCCAAGCCCCGCCUACCCGCCUCCCACCUACCCACCCAGCCCUGAGCCGCCGUCGCCGCAGCCACCAAGCCCCGCCUACCCGCCUCCCACCUACCCACCCAGCCCUGAGCCGCCAUCGCCGCAGCCACCAAGCCCCGCCUACCCGCCGCCCGCCUACCCGCCCAGCCCCGAGCCGCCGUCGCCGCAGCCACCAAGCCCCGCCUACCCACCUCUCACCUACCCGCCCAGCCCUGAGCCGCCGUCGCCGCAGCCACGAAGCCCCGCCUACCCGCCUCCCGCCUACCCGCCCAGCCCUGAGCCGCCGUCGCCGCAGCCACCAAGCCCCGCCUACCCACCUCCCGCCUACCCGCCCAGCCCUGAGCCGCCGUCGCCGCAGCCACCAAGCCCCGCCUACCCACCUCCCGCAUACCCGCCCAGCCCUGAGCCGCCGUCGCCGCAGCCACCAAGCCCCGCCUACCCACCUCCCGCCUACCCGCCCAGCCCUGAGCCGCCGUCGCCGCAGCCACCAAGCCCCGCCUACCCACCUCCCGCAUACCCGCCCAGCCCUGAGCCGCCGUCGCCGCAGCCACCAAGCCCCGCCUACCCGCCUCCCGCAUACCCGCCCAGCCCUGAGCCGCCGUCGCCGCAGCCACCAAGCCCCGCCUACCCACCUCCCGCAUACCCGCCCAGCCCUGAGCCGCCGUCGCCGCAGCCACCAAGCCCCGCCUACCCGCCUCCCGGAUACCCGCCCAGCCCCGAGCCGCCGUCGCCGCAGCCACCAAGCCCCGCCUACCCGCCUCCCGCCUACCCACCCAGCCCUGAGCCGCCGUCGCCUGAGCCGCCGUCGCCUGGCGGUGAUAGAACGUCUCCUCCUCCCCCCUACUACGGCGGCGGCUACGGCAGUGGCGACGGUGGCGGUUACGGCGGCGGUUACGGCGGUUACGGCGGCGGCUAUGGUGGCGGGUACGGCUGGGGUGGCGGUUGGAGCCCUGGCGAUGGUGAUGAUGACUUUCAGAACGGCGAAGGCGCCGGCACGCCUCCGGCUUCACUAGCGCCACCACAGGCGCAGCCACCACAGCAGGCGCAGCCGCCGCUACCGCCGCUGCCGCCUCGUCCGCCGCCCGCUCCUGGCAUCCCCUUCCGAGAUGGCCAGCAGCAGUCCCAGUUCCAGCCCCAGCCGCCGGCGGCCGGAGAUGGCGGCAUUGGCAGCAGCGGCGACGGCUCCCCGCCUUCCUCGCCUCCACCGCCUGCCCCUCCUGGCGGCGGCGACGAGGCCUCGGGCACGCCGUCGCCGCCCGCCCACUUCAGCUCACUGGAGCCGCCCCCCGCCCCUGCCAGCGACAGCUCACUGGAGCCGCCCCCCGCCCCUGCCAGCGGCAGCGGCAGCGGCGCACCGCCUGUUGUAGGCGGCUCCUCCUCGCUACCGCCGACGCCCACGCCGCCGCCGGCACCGCCCGCGCCGCCUGCGCCGCCGCCGCCGCUGUUUGCAUCCACGCCGCCGCCCUCUCCGGCGCCUAGCGGCGGCGACGGAGGCGGCGAUGGUUUCAACAGCAGCGGCGGCGGCGGCGGCGGCGGCGGCGACCGCGGCGUCAACGUCAACGGCCAGGCACUGGAUGAGGUCCCGAGUGGCGGCGCCGCCGCCGCAGGCGACAGCAGCAAUGGAGGCGCCGCCGGGCCCGCCGCCGCAGGCAACAGCAGCAGUGGCGGCGGCGGCGGCGGCGGCAGUGGUGCCGGAGGCGCGUUGGCGACGGAUAAUGUGGUGACGGCAGGCGGAGGUGGCGGCGGCGGCGGCGGCAGUGGUGGCAUGAGUGCUGCUGGUGUGGGUGCGCUGGCCGGGGUGGUGGGCGGCGUGGGGCUGAUAACGGUGGCGGGAGCGGUGUUCGCCGCCGCAGUUGCCGCAAAGCGCCGGCGCUUCGCGCCCGCCCCCGACGUCAUGGCACAACUCAUGAACACCGAACCCGCCAGCAUAGCCGGCGGCUACGGCGGUGGCGGCGGUGGCGGCGGCGGCGGCGGCGGCGGGAGCGGUUACGCCGCCAGCCGUUACGCCGCCAGCGGCGGCAGCAUCGCGGGCUUCAGCGCUUUUGGCGGCGGCGGCGGUGGCGGCGGCGGCGGUGGCGGCGGCGGCGGUUUCUCCAGCAGCCAGCCCAGCGGCGCCAGUGUUCCCAGUCAGGGAGUGCCGGAACCUGCGGUGGCGACGUCGCAGGCGGGAGCCAGGCCGUGGGCAGCCGCCGCCGCUACCACUGCCGCUUCUCCCGCCUCCGCCGCCGCCACCACCUCCUCCGCAGGUCCCGUGCAAGACGUGGCGCCGGCGGCGCCGGUGGCGGAGGCAGUGGACGCCGCACGCGCUGCCGCCGCGACCAACGGUAACGCCAACGCCAUGACCACGCCAGCGGCACCAUGUCUGGAUCCAGCCGCUCUGUCGUACAUUCACCAGCACGGAUCCGAGACCGCCAUUGCCACGGCGGCUUUCGCCGCCGCCACCGCCGCCGCCACCGCCGCCGCCGCCACUGCUGCUGCUGCAUCGCCUGCAACGCUGCCGCCAUCGCUGUCGCCAGUGGCGGCGCCGCCGGCAUGGUCGUCCACACGGUCAUCGAUCCGCGCCUCCGUGCGCUCUGCUACUGCCGCUGCUGUCGCAGCGGGCGCUGCUGUCAGUGCUGCUACUGCCGCCACGCCGCCGCCACCACCGCCGCCGCUGUCGGCACCGCUGUCGCUGGCUGGCCUUUGGACCUCCCGCCGCCACCGCCGCCAGGCAUUUACCUUCAACACAGCCGCCGCCGCCGCCGCCAGCAGCAGCAACGGCAACACCGGCGGCGGCGCCUGGGCGCCGCCACCGUCGCCGUCGCCGCUGUCUGUGUCAUCACAGCCACAGGGUCAGCAGGGUGCUACUGCGGCUGCAGCCACUGCCGGUGCUACAGCUCCUGCUGCUAAUGCUACUGCUACUGCCGGCGGCGCCUCGCUGUCCCUGCUGCACCGCUGGCGCUACAGCCUGACCGCCAGCCUGCGCACCAGCAUCAGCAACAGCACCCGCACCAGCGCCGAGUCCUCAUUCGGGAGCAUGCUACUGCCGCCGCCGCCCGCCAACGCCGCUGCUACUGCCGCCGCUGGCGCCCGCGGCCUGCAGCCACUACAGCCGCCGGUUGCUGCUGCUGCCAGCUCGGUGCGCUCCAGCCGGAUGCUGGAUCCCAUUCCGGAGCCUGACCAUCCGGAUCCCGCGGAUCUGCUUGAUGUUGAAACGCCACCGGCGGCGGCGGCGGCGGCGGAGGCGGCUGCAUAUCGUGACGACGACGAGGAUGAUGACGCGGCGUUCUCGGUGGCUGAGGCUGAGGUGGACGCCGCAUCCGAGGCAGAGGAGGAGGAGGAGGAGGAGCAGGAGGAGCAGGAGGAAGAGGUGGAUGCGGUGGCGGCGGAGGGGGCAUGGGAAGCUGCUGCGGAGUUCACCGGGCAGCAGCAGGGCUCGCCGGGUGAUGAGCAGGCGGAGGCUGAUGAGGCGGAGGCACUGCGCCGGAUUGUGCUGGCGGCGGCGGAGGCUGCCGCUGAUGCUGACGCGGCACAGGCGGCGAUGCCACCGCUGCUGCCCUCGCCGCCGCUGCCCUACGCCACCGCUACAGCAUCAGGGGAGAAGUCGGCUGCUGUAGCAGUGGUGGUGGCGGAGGCGGUGGAGGAGGAGGACACAGCAGAUGAGGAAGAAACCGCGCCGCCGCCACCAGCUGCUCCUGUUGCGACGGCUUCUGCGACUGCGCCACAGGGUCAGCAGGGUGCUACUGCGGCUGCAGCCACUGCCGGUGCUACAGCUCCUGCUGCUAAUGCUACUGCUACUGCCGGCGGCGCCUCGCUGUCCCUGCUGCACCGCUGGCGCUACAGCCUGACCGCCAGCCUGCGCACCAGCAUCAGCAACAGCACCCGCACCAGCGCCGAGUCCUCAUUCGGGAGCAUGCUACUGCCGCCGCCGCCCGCCAACGCCGCUGCUACUGCCGCCGCUGGCGCCCGCGGCCUGCAGCCACUACAGCCGCCGGUUGCUGCUGCUGCCAGCUCGGUGCGCUCCAGCCGGAUGCUGGAUCCCAUUCCGGAGCCUGACCAUCCGGAUCCCGCGGAUCUGCUUGAUGUUGAAACGCCACCGGCGGCGGCGGCGGCGGCGGAGGCGGCUGCAUAUCGUGACGACGACGAGGAUGAUGACGCGGCGUUCUCGGUGGCUGAGGCUGAGGUGGACGCCGCAUCCGAGGCAGAGGAGGAGGAGGAGGAGGAGCAGGAGGAGCAGGAGGAAGAGGUGGAUGCGGUGGCGGCGGAGGGGGCAUGGGAAGCUGCUGCGGAGUUCACCGGGCAGCAGCAGGGCUCGCCGGGUGAUGAGCAGGCGGAGGCUGAUGAGGCGGAGGCACUGCGCCGGAUUGUGCUGGCGGCGGCGCAGGCCUUCGGUUGGCGGCGUUCCUGGAGCAGCCCCCCGCCUCCUUCCUCUGGAAUCGCCGGCUUUGCUGCUACUGCCGCUACAGCAUCAGGGGAGAAGUCGGCUGCUGUAGCAGUGGUGGUGGCGGAGGCGGUGGAGGAGGAGGACACAGCAGAUGAGGAAGAAACCGCGCCGCCGCCACCAGCUGCUCCUGUUGCGACGGCUUCUGCGACUGCGGUGGGGGCGUCAGCUGCGGAGCUGCAGGGGAAGCAGUGCGUGUGAGCCCUAGAGUACCCAGUGCAGUGGUGUGAACGGUUGGUAGCGGUAGGCGGUAGUUGACGGCAGUUGACACUCAUCAUGCAUAAUGCACCCACCUUGUCGUCGAAUUUGCUUGAUAGUAACCUGCGGCCUACGUGCGGCCUACUUCUGAACAUAAUAUGCGACAGUAUGUGGUGCACUUCUGUUCCUGUGCGUGUGCAUGUCUGUGAGAGUAAUUAGCAACCGUGCAAUCAACCCUCGCCUUUGCAGCAACAUUCCAAGUAGCAUCCCAUACUCGCAUGGUAUUCGAAUGCACGAUUGCGUGCGUGUGCCGGUGUGCGUGAACUCGUUUUAAGAAGAAACAGGGGGAAGGGGUCGAUCCGGGGCGGGUACGUGUACGUGCGUGUGUGUGGUCCAAGGUGUGUGCUGCAUUUAUGUGUCCCCACUCUGUGUGUAUGUAUCUGCUGGCUUCCACGGCCUCGCAUUGUUAGUCUUAAAGCAUCUUCGAUAACCGCAUCUAUGGUAGCGGCGUGUAGCGAGGUCUGCGUCCCACAACUUUCCAGGCAUACGCAGACUGCUAGUACGGUCAUCUUCUUACUACUAGUAGCACUUUACGGUACGGUAUUGUUUCCUUCCGAGUGCCUGUAUGUUGCUGGCCGCCCAGCGGCCCCAGCCGAUCAGAGCAACCCCAAUUCUACUACUGAUCAGGCGGUAAUGUAACUUGUGAUGCUA